AUGGCGGCGCCGGAGGCGGCGUGGAACCGGCUGGACGUGCCGUGGCCCGCGAGCAGCGCGACGGUGGCACUGGCGGCCAAACACCCUGCAGUGAGGUGGCUGCCGGCGCUGCGGCGGCGGUGCGACAUCGCCGGCAAGCGGCUGUCGGGGACGGGCCUGGCCGCCGAGGGACGCGUCCUGCGGGCCGUGCUGUACGUCUACCACCACAGGCUGCUCCGGCACCGGUCCUACCUGGCCCUGCAGCAGGUAGAACAAUGCUUGAAGCGCCUAUGGAAAAUGAACUUGCUGGGCUGCAUUGAAACUCUGGCAGAACUGAUUCCCAAGAAAAGUACAUCCCAAGCCCGCGCAGAGUGCUUAGUUCCCAGCCAGCCUAUGCUGGAAACAGUGGCUCUGAAGGUAUUGGGAGGUUGCAAGCUCAUACUGCGUCUACUGGACUGUUGUUGUAAAGCUUUUCUCUUGUCCGUUAAACAUCUCUGCUCGGAAGAAUUCAUACUUUUGAACACUGUGGCUUCAGGGUUGUUGAGCCGGCUAUGGAUUCAGUACAGAUGUGUAUUGCAGAGCCUCAUGUCUUUGUAUGGCAUGUUGUUGACAUCACUUCAUCUGGUAUCUGAGACCCAACAGAUGCCUUAUAUCAAGGGGUUUACCUUCCCUUCUGAUAUCAGUAACUUCCUUGGAGUUAACAUUUCUUAUGAGGUGAAGAAGCAAAAGGCUAGAAUGCUUACAACAAAAAAACCUACCAGCUGGCUGAAGAAGCUCUUCCCAACAAUGCCAGAAGCAGUGUCAGAGGUUGGGAAAACAAGAAAUUCUGUGACCUGCACGAGUGCUGUGAACAACUGUAGUGUCCCAUGCCCUGUGGACAUUGGAGAGCCAGUUCUGGUGACCAGAGCCAGCAAAGGGAAGCACCUGGGGUUUGAUGUGAAGAGCUUACUUAGACCAUCCAGACCUCCAACACAAGAGGGUAUAAGCAUUGUGUCAACAUCUUUUAAAGCAAAGUCAGCAUCGCUUUCCUCUCGUAUAGCAAAAUCGCAGCAUACUGGAUCUCUUGUACAGAUGGUUCAAACAGCUACAUCAUUUGGGGAACUGUCAGAGGCACUCAGAAAAGCUAUUCUGUGGUGCAAAGGCAACAAAUUCAAAUCAGAAGCUUAUUUUCUGCGUAACAAGUUGUUGAAAAGCAAUCGGCUGCACCAUGUGGAGGCUCAAGGAUGCAGCUUGAAGAAAAAACUGUGCUGUGUCAAAACAUCUGUCUGUAAAUACCUCCUAUAUGGGUCACAAAACGCACGCUGGCCAAAGCAGUACCUCAGGGCAUGGCUCUGUCGAAGGAGGAUCAAAUCAUCCACGCGCUUGAAGAGAACUGUGAAGACUGUUCGGCAAAAACCUGAGAUUUUGGGGGUCUGCGAGAAUAGCGCAUCACUCAUCCUCCCAGCUUACCAGGAUGGGCCUCCGAGUCAGGAAGGACAUUCCAGUGCUGAUACAGGCUGUGUCAAACUAAGUGCACCGGGGACCCCUAAGCAGCUGCUGCUGGAAGGAGGCCCUGGCCCUGUGUGGAAAGAAGUUACUGAGAACAUGGAUAUUGAUUCUAUUUUUGCAGCAAUGGGUGUCUGACCCUGGACUUGCAAGAAGGA